CGUUCGAGUGCAGUCGCUCGUGUGCGUGUGUAAUACACAAACACGGUACACUGGAGGACCGCAUUCUUUAGUCGACCGCUGGAACGUUAUAUAUGUUAUAUAUUAUUUUAUUACGUCCGCUGCGCUACCCGUGUCGUCACCGCUCGUCAUCUGUUAUUGUUAUUCUACAGAUAUUUUUAUCGGCCCAUUAUUGUUGUUGACUGUUGUUGUUUAUUAUUAAUAUUUUUGUUUUUAUUUAUUACAUGCGUAUCGGCGUAACUGAUAAACGCACCCGCUCGUUCCGACAUCAUCGAUCGCCCAAAAACCGUUAGAUCGCGCAAACGGCCGUUGCGCGCGCUAUGGCUUUUGAAACGCAGCAACAGGUGUCCGCUGCCUCUGGCCUUUGUGGCGUGACAUACCGAAACGUUCGUCUCGGAUGCUGCAAUUCCGACAGUGGGUAGGACGUGGAUAGGUGUUCUUACGUGUGUGUGUGAUCGUCGAAUUUUUCAGAAUCGCCGUUUCGUCCGUUUUUCGUCACGGUUGAUAUUAUUAUAAGUUCGGUUUGUUUCGUCGUGUGAUAAACGUGAUUUUCUCGUCCGCCCGACCCGAAAUGGAAGAAGAAGAAAGAAAUGACCGUUUAUCUUGCAAGCAAAGGAACUACAUGCUCGCCGUCACUGUCGUAUUACUGCUGUCCACCAUCACUCAUUGUGAAUGCCAGUCCUAUCAGGCUCCUCGGUUCAUCACGCAGCCUACGUCUACUAAAAAUGUGAUCGGCGAAGGACAGACAAAAAUUAUUCAAUGCCAAGCUCUUGGCUUUCCGGCUCCAGUUUACAAAUGGUACAAAGAUGGAAAAGAAGUGGGAGAUUUUUCAUCAGAAUAUCAAUCUUUCCGUCUUUUAAAUCUAAAACAUGACGAUGGAGGAACUUAUCAAUGUAUAGCAAAAAAUGAAGUUGGAUCGAUACUAUCUCAAAAAAUUGAAAUAAACAUUGCGUAUAUGGACAAUUUUAUGGAAGUCACCGAUCCAAUAGUUAGAGUUGAAAGAGGUCAAGCAGCAAUUUUGGAUUGCCCGCCAAUUAAAAGCUACCCACCACCUAUGGUACAGUGGUUAACUGAUGACGGCACUCAGCUAUACGACAUCAAAUAUGCCUCAGUUGCAGAGACUCAUCAAUUAGUGGUAUUAUCAGCCUCUGACAGCGACCAAAAAGCAUACAGGGUGAGAGCAACGAACCCUUUGUUAGGAAAAGACGAAUUUAGUCAGUAUUUAAGAAUCAACACCAUAGGAGGCUCUCAGUCUGGAGAAAUUGCCCCUUAUUUUGUUGUUAAACCUAAAGGAAAGCACAUCAUCAAAGGUCAUAAAACUACCGAGCUCCAGUGCAUAGCCAAUGCAAGGCCCUUACAUGAAUUAGGAACCAUGUGGUUCAAAGACGACAUACCGAUAGAAAAUACAAAUGGUGUUGAUUAUAUUUACAACGAUCCGUGGAACAGAACUUUAUCACUUAUCAAUGCCAAAUUGACUUAUACCGGUCGGUAUACUUGUCAGGUUCGAUUUGUAUCAGGUGGAUAUGCACCUAUUUCUGCAGACGCUGAUAUUUUCGUCUUAGAACCUCCAACAUUUGUUGGUAAUUUGAGGAUGGAAACCCUUGGCGAAUACGGGUCUACUGUUAGAAUAAGUUGUGACACCAUUGGGGUGCCACAGCCAAAAAUAACUUGGUAUCGUAACGCAGAGACAAUAAGUCAAAACAAUAGGUACACGGUUGAAGAAGAUGGUACUUUGGUAAUAAAGAAAUUGAACAUCGAAGAUUCUGGCAUGUUUCAAUGUGAAGCAGAAAACGAAGCCGGGUCAGAUUCUAUUAGUACGUGGUUGAAAGUCAAAAGACGUUCUAAACGCUGGACGAGAGCCUCUGUGUACCGAAUGAUGCCAUGGCAACACCCGAGUGCCCGAAAAAAUUUACCUCCUACUGGUCCAAUUAUUGAGAAUGAACCUCAAAAUUCUACAGUUCUAGAAGGAAAUGAAGUUAUAUUGUCUUGUAGAGUUAUUGGUGCACCUAAACCAAAUACUACUUGGAUUUUUGGUGAUUUAUUUUUAUCAUUGAAUGAAAGAAUUCGCAUUCUAGAUACAGGAGAUUUAUUUAUAUCAUCCACAAAAGUUCAAGACACUGGAAAAUAUUCUUGCAUAAGAUCAAAUGAAGCCGGCACUGUGGAAAUGCAUGCAUAUAUUAAAGUUCUAGGUAAAACAACCAUUGUUGAACCUCCUAUGGAUACUAGAGUUUUAUUAGGACAAAAUUCUAUUAUGAAAUGUAAAGUGUCUAGUGAUCCUUCUGUGCUUUAUCAAAUUGAUUGGUUUCAUAAUAACAAGAGUCUUGGGGCGGGAAAUUCAAGAAUAAAAGUUUCUGCUGAUGGUACAUUAGAAAUUGGAGUCGUGCGUGCUGGUGAUGCUGGUGUCUAUACUUGUUCAGUUUCAUCUCCUGGAGGCAAUGAGAAAAGACAUGCACAUUUAAGUAUACUUGAAUUGCCUUAUCCUCCAAAUGUUGCUCAGGCUGAACGUGUUGGACCCAGAUCUGUGAAUGUUUCUUGGACUGUAGGUUUUGAUGGAAAUAGUCCUAUAUUAAAAUAUAUUGUUCAAAAACGACAAAUUGAAACUCAAUCAUUGUUGGAUCCACUUGUUGAUUGGGUUACUGAACUUACCAAUAUAUCUGCAAAUUCUCGUUAUGUGGUCUUGGAAAAUUUAAAAGCAGCUAAUACUUAUCAAUUUAGAAUCAGUGCUAUGAAUGCAAUUGGUGAAGGAACACCUUCACAACCAAGCAAUUUUGUUACAUUGCCACAACAAGCUCCAUCUGGACCACCUUUAGGGUUUGUUGGAUCAGCUAGAUCAAAUUCAGAAAUUAUUACUCAAUGGCAACCUCCCUUAGAAGAGCAUCAUAAUGGCCAAAUUCUUGGAUAUAUUAUAAGAUAUAGGUUACAUGGUUAUAUUAAUAGUCCAUGGACUGAUCAUAAUAUUACUAGUGGGGCUCAGCAUUAUUAUUUAAUUCAAGAUCUUAUUACAUGGAAAGACUAUGUGCUUCAAGUAGCUUCCUACAAUAAUAAAGGAGUUGGAGUUUAUAGUGAUAGUAUAAGAAUAAAGACUAAAGAAGGAGUUCCAGAAGCAGCUCCAAUUGAUGUAAUAGCUAGACCAAUAAAUAGUACUUCGGUUCAAGUUUGGUGGAAACCUCCAGAUCCACAAAAAAUAAAUGGCAUUAAUCAAGGCUACAAACUUCAAGCAUGGAUUGGAGAACGAGUAGAACAUGAAAUGACAGUUGCUCCUAGUUUAUUUGAUCCACUUGCUCAGCAGACCACAACAUUUGUGAACCUUAAGAAAUUUACAGCCUAUAAUGUUACGGUGUUAUGUUUCACUGAUCCUGGUGAUGGUCCAAUCAGUAGUCCAUCAUUAGUUGUCACACACGAAGAUGUUCCUGAUUUAGUUGGUAGUCUCCACUUUGAAGAUGUAUCAGAUCGUUCUGUGAAUGUUGUUUGGUCUUCACCAUUGCAUACUAAUGGUCAUUUGAUUGGCUAUACUGUGUCUUAUUCCAUACGUGAUCGACCAGAAACCACACACUUAGUAAACGUCACCUCAGACAUCACUAGUAUUGUAAUUGAUCAAUUACAAGCCACUACUCAUUAUAAAUUUGAAGUAUUCGCUUGGACAAAAGUUGGUUCCGGUCCUAGUAGAAUAGCCACAAUACAGUCUGGUAUUGAACCGGUUUUGCCCAAUCCACCUACUAAGUUAGCCAUCACAAAUAUUGAGCCUUUUUCAGUUGUGCUCCAAUUUACACCAGGGUUUGAUGGAAAUUCUUCUAUCACUAAAUGGGUUGUAGAAGCACAAACUGCAAGGAAUACAACUUGGUUUACUGUGCAUGAAGAAAGUAGUCCUGAAGCAACUACACUGAAAGUUCUUCAAUUAGUUCCUUACACGUUAUACCGUUUAAGAAUCACCGCAUGGAAUGUAGUUGGUGCAUCAGAGCCUUCAGACCCCACUAAAGAUUUUCAAACUAUUCAAGCACCUCCAGCUCAUCCUCCUUAUAAUGUCACUGUACGUGCAAUGUCUUCUACUGAACUUCGUGUCCGUUGGAUUCCUUUGCAACAAAGUGAAUGGUUUGGAAAUGGGAAAGGUUACAAUAUAACUUAUAGAUUAUUUAAUACUAGUGUUGUAUAUACUGUCACAAUUGAAGAUAUUACUUCAAAUUCAUUCGUUUUGGACUCUUUACAAAAAUUUACUCAAUAUGAUGUAACUAUGAAUGCGUUUAAUGAUGUUGGAUCAUCUGGCCCUAGUCCAUCAGCUUUUGAACGUACAAGAGAAUCAGUGCCAUCAAUGGGGCCUAUAAAUGUUGUUGCAAAUGCAACAUCUUCUACAACUAUUGUGGUUAGUUGGGGUGAUGUACCUUCUGAUCAUCGAAAUGGAAUCAUUGAAGGAUUUAAAGUUUACUAUAAGCCAGGUGGCCGUGCUGUGUAUCCUGUACAAAUUAAAGAUAUUCCAAAAAAUUCAACUUUCACAACUACAUUGACAGAGUUAAAGAAAUUUGUUCAGUACAGCAUUCAAGUUCUAGCUUAUAGUCGGUUAGGGGAUGGUGUGUUAUCUACUCCAAUUACUAGAGUUCAAACUUUUGAAGAUGUUCCUGGUGCUCCAUCUAAUGUAUCUUUUCCUGAUGUUACUUCAACUACUGCCAGAGUUAUUUGGGAUGUCCCUGCUGAUCCUAACGGUGAAAUUCUUGCUUAUCGCAUAAAUUAUCAAUUACAUAGUUCUGAAGGCUAUAAUUUUUCCAAAGAAUUUCCUGCUUCAGACAGAACAUUCAGAGCCAUUGAUCUUAUACCUGAUCAGUACUACAUGUUUUGGGUCACAGCCCAAACACGGUUAGGCUGGGGUAAAAGUCAGUCUGCACUUGUUUUUUCAUCAAACAAUCGUGAAAUACCACAAGCUCCUUCUUCGCCACAAAUAAGUCGUAGUCAGAUUCAAGCCACACAAAUUACAUUCAGUUGGACCCCAGGACGAGAUGGCUAUGCUCCAUUAAGAUAUUAUACAGUACAGAAGUCAGAAGAAAUUGGUCCUUGGACCACUAUACCUGAACGAAUAGAUCCGUCUAUUACUUCAUACACUAUCCAAGACCUCUUACCUUUCACUUUAUAUCGGUUUCGUAUUCAAGCAACGAAUGACAUUGGUCCAAGUAGCUAUAGUCAUGAAUCUCCUCAAGUCAGGACUUUACCUACCUCUCCAAGUCGUGUAGUUGGUAAGGUUCAAGUUGUACCCAUUACAACAACAAGUGUACGUGUCACCUGGGAACCUAUACCUCCUCAGUAUUGGAAUGGUGAUACCCAAACUGGAGGUUAUAAAGUUUUGUACCAACCUGUUUCUGACAUUCCUAUGGCAUUGCAAACAAUACCUAGUCAAUUAAUUAUGGGCACAACAGAAAAAACUCUUGUCAUUGGAGAUUUAGUUCGUGACCGAAAUUAUGAUAUCAUUGUAGUUCCGUUCAAUUCUCAAGGUAAUGGUCCACCUUCUAUGCCUAUUCCUGUCUACGUUGGAGAAGCUGUCCCUACAGGUGAACCUCGUAGUGUAUCCGCAUUUGCCAUAUCAUCGACAGAAGUUCGGUUGUCUUGGGAACAUCCACAACAAAAUCAACAAAAUGGAGAUUUAUUGGGAUACAAAAUAUUUUACAUUGUGACUGAUUCACCAAAUGAACAUCGUGUGGAAGAAGAAACAGAAGUUGUUCCUGCCACUUAUGUUAGUCAUAGCUUGGUGUUUUUGGACAAAUACACUGAAUAUAAAAUUCAAAUACUUGCAUUUAAUCCAGCCGGUGAUGGGCCAAGGUCUGCACCUAUUAUUGUUAGAACUCAUCAGGGAGUACCGGGUCCACCAACUGAUCUUCAAUUUUCUGAAAUAACAAUGAAUAGUCUUAAAGUUUCAUGGACACCUCCAAAACGGAAAAAUGGCCAACUUCUAGGUUACAUAAUUACGUAUGAAACAGCUGAACAAAACGAACGUUUUAGCAAACAAGUAAAACAAAGAGUAAAUCAAACGUGGCUUCUUGUUCAGCCUUUAGAAGAAGAAGUGACUUAUACUUUCUCAGUCAGGGCUCAAACUAUAGAUUUGGGAGUUGCCAUUAAAGGAAAUGUAACUACUGGACCACAACCAGGUUCACCAAAGAGUCCAUUUGACCUAUCAUUAGUCAAAACUGUAUCUAGUGUUGCACUUAAAUGGACAAAUGGAGCAUCUGGAAAAGGACCAAUUCUUGGAUACUACAUACAGAGCAGACGCAAAGCCACACAAGACUGGGAACAUUAUGACACACGUUGGACAACAGUUACAAAAAGUAAUAGUGGACCAUUGGAUGAAUUCUCAGUGUCCUAUCAGAGUUUGCUGCCAUCAACUUCAUAUUUGUUUAGAAUUGUAGCUCAUAACGAGUUUGGUAUUAGUUAUCCAGCCUAUUCAGAUGAUGUGGUUUUAACUCCAUCAAAAUUGUACUUGGAGUAUGGUUACUUACAAAUGAAGCCAUUCUAUAGACAGACAUGGUUUAUGGUUGCUUUAGCUGCUGCAUCACUAGUUAUACUUAUUAUGGUUAUUGCUAUACUAUGUGUUAAAAGCAAAAGUUACAAAUAUAAACAAGAAGCACAAAAAACCUUAGAAGAAUCUAUGGUUAUGGAUAUUGAUGAUCGACAGCAAUUGGCCAUGGAACUUCAUAGAACCAGAAUGUCAAACAACAAUUCUCUUGGACGGAUGUCUAUUCAUAAUACUUUACACCAUUCACUACACAGACGGAAACCACCAAUCGGAACUUUAGGAAAAUCUCCACCAAGGCCAUCUCCAGCGAGUGUUCCUUAUCAUAGUGAUGAUGAUAGUGUUAAAGGUUAUGAUGAAAAUCCAGACGAUAGUUCAGUUACUGAAAAACCUUCAGAAAUCAGUUCAACAGACUCUCAGGGAUCAGAAAGUGAGAAUGAAAGUGUGCGAUCAGAUCCACAUUCGUUUGUUAACCACUAUGCCAAUGUCAAUGAUUCUUUAAGACAGUCGUGGAAACGGCAAAAACCUGUUAGAAACUAUUCUAGUUAUACAGAUUCAGAACCUGAAGGAAGUGCUGUGAUGAGCCUUAAUGGUGGCCAAAUUAUAAUGAAUAACAUGGCCAGAUCACGAGCUCCACUACCAGGAUUCUCAUCGUUUGUUUAAUCUCUUCUAGUGAGUGCCAUCUUUACCAAUCCGUCCGUGAUUUUGUUUAAUUUAAAUUAAUUAUGUAUUAUUUUGUAAAUAUGUGUACCAUGACUUAACUUAUGAACUGGUCAGAGUAUGACUUCUUUACUCUAAAAUUGAAAAUGUUUAAUUGUCUUUUACAGACUGAUGAAUUGUAUGUAUAAUUUAGCUCUAUAACAAGUUGAUCUCAAUUUUAUAUUUCUCUAGAAAAGUUUUUUACUUAAACUAAAAACUCAUCAAUAUUUUUUAACCACAUUUACGUAUAUAAAAAUUAAAGACUGAACUAAACAUAAUAAAUUACAUUUCAGUAUUAUAUUUUAUUUAAAUUCCAAUCAGUAUUUGAAUUAUUGUUGAUUUGAAAUUGAUCUUUUACACAUUAAUAUUAAUGAUAUGCUGUUAUGAAAAAUAGUAUUAAAAUAUUUCAAAUAAUAAUUAUUUUAUAUGUUUCUAAUUUUAAAUGCCAUAACAUAUUGAUAAAUUAUGUCCUAUUGUUGUAUUCUUUAAAUUAGUCUAAUAGAUGGUCUUAAUGCCUUUUAUUUUAAUGAGUAUCUUGACUGUAUUACUUUUAAAAAUAUUUUUAAAAACACAUUAAAUUCCGUUCUUUUCUUUUUCAUUUUAUGUUGAUCAAGAUUUUUUUAUAUAUCUUUAUUUUAAUGUAAAUGUGGUCCAACAAAUUUAAUGAAUAGUUGUAUUAUUUUUAAAAGUUGAUGAAAGUUUUGUUAAUGCAAACUUAUGUGGAAAUAUUAAGCUUAAUUGAAUAUCAAAUAUUUAAAUGCUUUUACUAUUUGUUUUUUUUAUGUUGACAUUAUUGUAACUAAUAUUAAGUACCCGAACAAUUAUUGAAUCAUUAAUAAAUUAAUUUAAAUUUUAGUGUGAUACAAAAACUGGGGGAUCAAGCAAUACAUGUUUAUAUAUAUAUAAAUAUUACUUUAGUUAAUUCGUUAAGUAUUAUUAGUAAUUAAAAAAAAGAAAGAAAAAAAUGUUUUAGUCAAUUGUAAAAGAAUUAUUUUACUUAUUAGUGAUAAAUUUUAAUUAAUUUAUUUCUUUUUUUUUUUAGUAUAAUUUCAUUAACAUAAAAUCUUAAAUAAAUAAUCUAAAGUCAGUAUUAUACUGACUUCACAUGACAUGUUGAUAAACAAAAAGUCAAUGAACAGAUAAGAACUAGUUUAAUACUGAAUUUACAUUUAAAUUUAUUUAAAACUUAAGAAAUGACUAAUUAUUUUAUAUUUUUUCUUGUAAAGUGCUUAUCUCAUAUUUUUUACUAUUGUUUUUGUAUUUAUAGUGCUUACAAUUUAUAAAAUAAUACUACAGUGUAAUGACUACAUAUUACAGUCAGCUUAUAAACUUAAUACUUAAUAAUUGAUUACCAUCAUUAUUACUAUUAUUAUUACAAAUUAUAACAAUUGCCACUUGUUACACUAAAAAUAUGAUUGCAUUGACUGGUGAUUACUUAAUACUAAACAACUAAUGGUAAUUACUAAUUAAAUAUUUAAUGUCCUUAAGAUAUAAUAUCGCCUUUCUUAAACACUGAUAUCAUUAUUAUUAUCAUUAAUAAUUAUUAAAAUCAAAAUACUAUAAACUUCUUGAAUUUCAAAAUUUAAUUGUAUGAUUUCUUCAUAUUUAUUCUCCUACUUAUGAUUUCGCUAAAUAAUGUUAGAUAAAUUGUUAUAAAAUCUAUUAGGUGAUAUUUUUAACUUGGAUCAUCAAUAUUUUACAAUCGGCUGUAAAUAAUAAACAAAUAGAGAAAAAUGAACUUCAUAGUUAAAUCGAUAUAAUCUAUUCCACAUUUCACUUUAAGUUCGAAACUUAAAUUAUUUAAAUUCUAUACUAAAAAAUGUAAUUAAUUUUUGCGCAAUAAAAGAAUUGCAAAGGUUGUAUCUUGAAGAUUUUGCAUUUUGUUAUUAAAAUAUGUCAAAUCUUUGCAAUAUAAUGUAUAUUCAAUUUAUAAUACAAAGUUGUCUAUAAAUUCAAUAAUCCAUAUUAAAGCUUAAAAAUAAGCACACCAGUUGCAACAAUAAUAGAUCAUAACAAAUGUUUCAUAUUUGUUUUUCUUGACUGCACGCUAAUGACAUGUAAUUUAUGAGCAAUUUUCACUGAUAUUUUGUAAAAGUAUGAAAUCAUGUUUCUUAUUUUCAUAAAAUUUACAGUAUUUUAAGAAAAUAUUUCAACUAUGUACAUUUUAUACUUACUGAAACUUAUUGUAUUAAAAAAAAUUGUAUUGUCUGAUGUAUUUGUUAGAGAAUGGUUUAAGCCAGUAUGCUUGAAACUCAACAGUUUUCUAAUUUGUGAUUUUGAUUUAAAACUACUCUUUUGGUAGAAUAAUUUUGGAAUCUGUCGAGUUUUGACCAUGUAACUUACUAAUUGUGAAAACUUUGUUUACCCUAAUCUAGAAAAAACUAAAAGUGUUCUUACUACUUGGUAUUUAUUUAUAUUUAUAUUUAUAUAAUUUUUUUUUAGUUUGAAUUCACUGUUAUUGUUUUAAAAUAGAUUUUUUGUGUUUAGUUUUUUCAUAAAGAUAGAAAAUUUCUCAUAUUAUCAAAUAUUAGAGUAUUUUUUAUUGUAAUUAUUUUAAAAAAUGUUCACUGAUUACUAUUUAGACUUUAACUCAACUAUUGUCCUAUUUCUUUUUUUUUUUGUGAUUUAUGUAGUAUAGUUAUUUUUAAUAUUAGUCGAGUCUCAUGUGUAUAUUUGCUUACAACUAGUAGAUUAGAUAUGUUAAAAACAUAAAAUAAUAUGUUUAAAUUUCAAUGUUUCUAACAUAAAUAAAUUAAUGGUCAACUAUUAAUUUAUUAUCGUGUUUAAUGUGUUCAUUACGUUUUUCAUUUAUUCGACAAGUAAGUGAAAAUAAUUUAUACUUGUCAGUAGGUACAAAAAAUCUAUUUUUUACAAUAUUGUUUUUAAAUUUUUAUAUACAUGUAUUAUUUUUUUUUUUUUG